CUGAAAGACUCCAGCUUUUAACUAGCAAUACAGUAUGCUCCAACUCAUUCAAAUGUUGUUUGACUUAUAGUUAACAGAGAAAACAAGGCACUCUUUGGUGAAAACAAAGAAACUAGAAGAAGAUUUUAGAUACAGUGGAUAUGGAGUCUCCAUUUAAGGUUGAUAUAGUGAAAGGGAAGGUGGCUUUGAUAACAGGUGGGGGAUCAGGGAUUGGGUUUGAGAUAACUAAAGAGUUUGGUAAACAUGGAGCUUCUGUUGCUAUUAUGGGUAGACGUAAAUCUGUUCUUGAUUCUGCUGUCCUUUCUCUUCGUUCUCUCGGUAUCCAGGCAAUUGGGUUUCAAGGAGAUGUCCGUAACCAGGAAGAUGCAACCAGAGUUGUCGAUGCAACUUUUGAACAUUUUGGGAGGAUAGACAUUCUUGUUAAUGCUGCUGCUGGAAAUUUUCUUGUGCCUGCUGAGGAUUUAUCCCCUAAUGGCUUUAAAACAGUUAUGGACAUUGAUACUGUUGGUACAUUUAGAAUGUGCCAUGAAGCAUUGAAAUUAAAUUGUAGUAAUACGUGA